AACGUGCAAGCUUUUGUUAUCGGCACAGCCAGCUAGCUGCAGGGAGUCGUGAACUGGGCGCUGACCUGAACUAGCAUAAUGGCGGAGGGGCAAUCUUCUGCCAUGGCCCAACCAGGCGCGAGUAUGGCUACAGCUGCAGAGAUAGAGCCGCAACAUUGCCUAACGCCGGGCAAGGACGAGCGAGUGACCGUGGCCGAGCCAUCCGCUGAAACGGCCAGUCCCUUUCAUUCCAUAUUUGCUCUGGCGGUCGGCUGCGGCCAUUGCGACAAAGCAACGGGGAAAUCUUAUCAAGGAACGUGCUUCCUACUCAGCGAUCUGAACAGUGCAGCUACCAAGGAUUACAUCAUCUUCGCCACUGCCGCACAUAAUCUGGUCUGCAACGAUUGCGGCGACUGGCUCUGGGUACGAAUCUACAAAGAUCUCUCCGCGCCUCCCCUGACCAGCGAAAAGAUAUCCCGCAAGAACGAUCAUGGCGGGUUGAUCGUUCCUAACUGGUACAAGGAACACGCCACGGAGAAGACUAACGAGCUAUUUCUACACGACUAUGGGAUAAUAGCGGUCAAGACGAGCAAAGUUAGUCCGUUGGUGAAAUGGGCAGAUAAAAAGCUUGGCGUUGCACCUCAGUGCAAGAAGGAGGAAGGCGUCCGCAUGUGCGGAUACCCAGUCUACACCUGCUAUGGUGGCAUAGAAGAGACGGCCAAGGAUUGCAAAUACUGGGUUAAGGAGGACCGCCUUGCUACGUUUGCAAACCACGACCAUCAGCUUCACUACUUUGUUGAUGCUACCGGUGGGCAAAGUGGCUCGCCCGUCUUCCGUCUGCCCAAAGAAGACGAAGCUGAGACGGCCUCUGCUACUGGCUAUGUUGUAGGGAUUCACGUCGGCGGUGGUAAAAAGCAUAAUACCGCUGUGAAGCUCCGGGACGAGCGUAAAUGCGACACAACGCCAAUGGCGGACCUCCGAAAAUGGGCGAAUGAUCCAUCGAAAUUCUUACCUGAAGAAAAUGUUGCAGUUGCAGAAAAUGUUGCAGUUGUUUGUUCCCAGAAAUCAGUCAAGCCCGGGGUCAGGCCGUCGGAACAGAACGGUUUGCAUGGUGGUCGACCGCAACUAGUUAUUAGCGGACCGGAGGAACCCAAGAAGAUGUUCUAUGAUGACCCAUUCGACCACCCCGACUAUGUGGCGAAAAUCGACGUGCCAUUGAAAGAUCUUGACGGUGUCGAGUUAAGGCAGAGGUUGCAGAAGAAGGGAUUACUAACCAAGAGCCAAGUGAAGAGGUUGGAGAAGAUGUCGAGCGAAACGCAUAACAACGAGUUGAUCGGGUGGAUUCAGUCGUCACGUCGCCAUGGAUAUGUUAAGCUGUGCGAGGUUAUUCAGGAGUGGACAGUUGUUGACCCAGAACUGUUGAAAGACAUGAACAACCUGCUGCAACCCGAGUGACGUGUGAAAAAGGAUGAUGGUGAUGAUGGUGAUGGUGGCCAUGAUUGAUGAACACUGGAUCGCGGCGAGAAUUUGUUCUGUCUGUCUCUCUCUCUCUUCCUGUGAGUCCUUCUGUCUGUCUGCCGGUACGUCUUUCUGUCCGUUUUUCUGCUUCACCUCAGACUCUAGACUGAGCUCUCUCCUUCACUUUCUCUCACUCUCGCUUGCUCUUGCUCUCACCCAGUCUCUCGCUCCCACUCACUCAUUAAGUCGCGAUAUUCUUCAUUUGCCUCCUGCAUUCGCUAUCGUAAGCACUACUUCCUUUGAGUAUGCCUUUCUUCUUCUUCUUCUUCUUCUUCUUCUUCUUCUUCUUCUUCUUCUUCUUCUUCUUCUUCUUCUUCUUCUUCUUCUUCUUCUUCUUCUUCUUCUUCUUCUUCUUCUUCUUCUUCUUCUUCUUCUUCUUCUUCUUCUUCUUCUUCUUCUUCUUCUUCUUCUUCUUCUUCUUCUUCUUCUUCUUCUUCUUCUUCUUCUUCUUCUUCUUCUUCUCGGCCUUUCAAUUGCUACAUGACGGGCUAGAGACUGCUCUCCUUUAGCUUCUACCUAGCUCCUUUUAUUGGUACAUGAUCACAAAGUAUUUUUUCACUCCUUAGCAGUGCAGCACCAUGGGCCCCGCGUGCUGGGGCAAAGAGGCACGGAACCAGAAUGCUGGAUUUCCCCGCGCGUGCCCUUCGCUCCAUGCACAGUACCUGACCCAUGUGUAGAGUCUAGAUAGAUUGUCUGAGUUGUGUUGAAUUGUCAUUCAAUUUCUUUUUAUUCUCAAAAACAUAUUAUCUCUACAUUCUACCUCGGUGACUUAGAACCUCGCUUUAGGUCCGUAUUUGACUAUUUGAGCUUAGACACUGCUGGAAAAGCAGUGCACUAGUCCGACGUCAUCAUGUCGAAUAGCGGAACUUUUUUUUAAUUCUUUUCCGGUUGAACCGGUAUGCUCAUAGAAUUAUCAGCUUCUGCGCGGCCUCAUUUCUGCCUAUCCUUCUACAUUUUGGCUGCCCUUUUUCACUUUUUGCAAUGCUUUUUCAAAGGGCGACUUCUUUAAUUUUUCUAAGGAAGUGCUGUUUUCACAGCAGCCAUUUUCACAAAUAAUUGCUGUUGCCGGUUGAACCGGUAUGCGUAAUCACAUUCUGCUCGUUUUUUAUUCCUGCACUUGCUUUUCAUUUUUACUGUUUCUUUGCCUUCGUACUUCUAUUUUCAAAGCACCUUUUAUUUCAUUUUUCAAGGCACCGCAAUUUCCAAAGCAGCCAUUUAUAUAUAUGAUUUUCUACUUUCCUAGCACUGCCACAUGGUAUCUUCAAACUGCAAAUCUCUCACCCUAGAUUCAUUCAUCUUGGGGAAAGGAGGGGAUGUGACUCUCUCGUUUUCACGUGGA